AUGGAAAAGUCGAGUAGGGGCGUGGUUCAAGAAGUUGGUGUCGGCUCGGUGACCUGGUGCCUGGCAAUUUUCACUAAUGAUUAUCCUUACAAUCGGUAUUUAGAGGCGUAUGACGAGAAGAACAAGGUGAUACAUGCGCCCUCGGGUUUUACCGCUUUAGGUCAACCUGAAAUCGAGUCAGGAUUCGUGAUCAGCGGACAAUCUUACAUGAUCAUCGACUAA